AUGGCUUCUCCCUCCCCCGAGGAGACGGCAGCCACACGUCUCGGCGAGGAUGGAGCCAUUCUGCUCGACCAUCAGUGGAUUUACUCCCCAGGCCGGCGACUUCACCUCCAGCAGCACAAGCCUCUGCCUCCCUACGGCUCUCACUUGUAUCCGAUUCCUCAAACAUUAAGCUCUCAAGACAUGAUGCUCUCCAACGACGAGAAGAAUUAUUCGCUGAGACGACUCGUUUUCGACCCUCGCAAUGCGCCAAAGACCCACAGCAUGAACAAUCAAAACGAUCCUAGUUCCCUCAUUGAGGUCGAGAUUGUUCGCAUGAUUGGCGGCAGCCCAGGUGCUGGAUACCAACCUGGCCCUCAAAAGAUCCUCUGCAAAGUCGUCGUCUCGCCAUCGACCCUACCGAAUAAGCAAGAGCAUGAUAUCCCGUUCGAGGGACAACUGCUCUUCCUGAAGAUUUUCGAUGCCUUGUUCUGGCACAAGGCCACUGACAUCACCAAGCGCGCAAUCAAACUCACAAUCCAGGCUGACGGAGCAUUCAGCGACGAGUUUGGUGCAUACGACCACCUCUACAAGAAGAAGCUCACUGGCUUUCCUAACGUCGCUCCACAAUUCUACGGAGGAUGGACCACUGCGGUCAAGACGCUUCAUCCAUCAUUCGCCAACCAGACCCGGAAUGUUGCGGUGCUCGCCACCGAGUUCAUCGAAGGCACUUGUCUCGAUCAGCUGUUCACUGUGGCAGGACCCAAUGCAGAGGUAGUGAAUCUCUACGGGGACGCCAAGCCACCAGGCGCUUUCACCACUAACCGCGAUGACAGAAUGAAAAUCAUCAAGCAGCUCAUGGACGGCACGAUUUCGCAAGAACACAUCGGGCUGGACCAUUGCGAGGUCUAUCCAGAGAAUGUAAUCAUCUCCAUGCGAAACAAGGGGGAAUCGCUUGAGGAACCUUGGGCCGUCCUCGUUGGAUACGGACGGGCACUCGUCGACCAUGUACGAACAAGGCCUGCUAAAAUGUGGGAGCACUUUCCGCUGAAGCACCAUCCGAUUCUUCGAUGCGGCUGGCCUAGAUGGAAGUUCUUUGCAGGAUGGAUUCCAGCCGCUUGGGCAAGCCCACCGGGAAAGGCCGACGAUGUGCCUUUGCUCAACCAAUGGGUGGUUCUAACAUUCGGUCGUCUGGAUGUUAACGAGAUAUAUACGAUAUUUCCAACCAUGCCGACAAGCCCCCAGCCUGAGGGACUCUCCACCAGCCCCGAGCCCGAGAGACAGUCUGUCAGCGCCGUGCCCCAGGGACAGCCUUAG